UUCAAAAAAAAGAAAAGAGACAAAAACUGAACAUAGUAUUCGUGUAGUUUUCGUUCAUUACUUCAUUUUGCUGAUGAAACCGACCCAUCGUUUUCUUUGUUUACUGUGUUUAGUUUUAAGCACAGACAGAACUAAUCCAGCUAAGCUAACAAGUUACAAAAUCAAAUUCAAUAAUAAUAAAUUAAAUCUAAUUUCUAGUUAUCCAUCUGAAAUCAAUCUUCUCUCUCCAGUGAGUAGUACUGACCCAGUCGGUCAGUCUUCACAAUUUCACUGUCAUUCCAAAGGAAAAAAAAGAAAAAAAAUCUGUCUGGAGAAAAACAAUGAGUGAAGAAGGGAAAGACAGCCACCACCACCUUCUCCACCACCACCACCACCACCACCACCACGGAGGAGAUGAAGAGCAGGGUUCUCCUCCACCUCAGCCACCGCCCCAGUAUGGAACCUUCCAAGGAGUGCCCAGCUACCCACCUCAGCCGGUGAUCGGCUUCCCCCAGCCGGUUCCUCCUCCCGGCGCUCACGGCUAUCAAGCUACAGGAUAUGUUAUUGCUGAGGGGACACCUGUUGCGAGGGAGCGCCGCCUGCCGUGUUGUGGCAUUGGCAUAGGAUGGUUCUUUUUCAUUAUUGGAUUCUUCCUUGCUGGCAUCCCCUGGUAUAUUGCUGCAUUUAUUCUACUUUGUUCCAGAGUUGAUCCUCGAGAGAAGCCUGGAUAUAUCACGUGCACUAUUGCCGCUAUUUUGGCUUCUUUUGCUCUUAUUUUCGGAUUGACAAGGAAGGACUGGGAUUAACAAAGUGGGCAUGUGGUUUAUCUGUGCCCCGAAGGUUGUACAGGUUCAGAACUUGGAUGAUUUGAAUUUAAUAUAUAGCGAGAAGUAUGUUACUUUGUGAGUGGUUGUUGCUCAACAAAUUUGUACUCAUUCUGGUGUGAACAUUGUAUUCAAUGUAGUAUCUGAUUGUGGGAAGUACUGGAUCUUGAAAUUUGACAUUUACAUACAUUGCUAUAAACUACCAUAUUCAGUGGAAAAGGGCCUUGUGCAGGGCUACAUAAGCCUUGGAGCCGAGAAAUAAUGAUGCAUGAUCUUGGUUCCUCUAUACUUCGGUCUUAUUCUUUCCAUAGCUGAAUGUGGAAUCAUACACACAGGGAAAGAACUAGGCCUUUGUUUUAAUCAAUACAAUAGGGAGAGGAGAUAUCAUCAGGCUUUGUUGUGAAAAUAUGCCAUCGGGACUGAUAAACUCUUCUUCUCAGCCAACUACGACUCUUACUAGUAGCCUUAAAAAAAAAGAAAAAGAACUGAUUACACAUAAUAAGCUUUUGAUAUUUAGUACUCCCUCCGUCCCAUAAUUAUUGUCCAGUAUGAGUUUUUAUUAAUAGAAAUUUUUUAAGUAGCUUUUCUUUUUCUUUUAUU